GAAGAUUUUGAUGGAAUUGAACAGUCGUUGGUGGAAAAUUUAAUUGACGACGGCCAUUGACUGACUCAAGUAUCAAUUAUAAACAAUUGCCAAAAUGACUGAACAUUUUGUUUUUGUGUUUAUUGGUGGUUAGUAACUUAGUAAACAAGUCAUCAAGAAAUAUGGUACACCAAGUCCGCAGGCAUCUUUAGGAGAAUUGGAACUCAGAAUCCGGAGCGAGAGAGAGAGUGAGGAAAGAUGUCCGAGAAAAUUGUGUGUGUAACAGGUGCAGGAGGGUACUUGGCAUCGUGGCUGGUAAAGUUUCUUCUUUCAAAGGGCUAUGUGGUUCAUGGAACUGCGAGAGACCCAAGUGAUGAAAAGAACGCACAUCUGUUGAAGUUGGAAAACGCCAAAGAGAAUCUGAAACUUUUCAAGACAGAUUUGCUAGAUUAUGAAGGUCUUUCUACUGCAAUCACAGGAUGUGCCGGGGUUUUUCACGUUGCUUGCCCAAUUCCUACAGAUCCUGCCAGCAUUCUUAAUCCCAAGGACAAGAUGCUGGAAGCUGCAGUAACCGGCACACGGAAUGUACUGAAUGCUUGCUCCAGAACUAAAGUGAAGAAAGUUAUUGCUGUGUCAUCGAUAGCUGCUGUUAUGCUAAACCCAAAUUGGCCAAAGGAUCAGGCGAUGAAUGAGGAGUCUUGGUCUGACUUCGAGUUUUGUAAGGCAAAUGAGUUCAUUUAUAAAAACCAGCAAUGGUAUUUUCUUGCCAAGACAAAAGCAGAAAAAGAAGCUUUGGAAUAUGGAAAGGCGAACGAGCUCAAAAUUGUGACCAUCUGUCCCUCCAUUAUCAUAGGGCCUUUGUUGCAGCCAACCAUGAAUAGCAGUAGCUUGUACCUCCUAAGUUACUUAAAAGAUGGAUUGGAAACACUAGACAGUGGAACCCGUUCUUUUGUAGAUGUGCGCGAUACAGCAAAAGCACUCUUGCUGAUAUACGAGAAGGAUGAAGCCGAGGGAAGGUAUAUAUGUUCAUCACAUGAUAUUACAACUCAGGAUUUGGCAGAAAAGUUGAAGGCAAUGUAUCCCCAUUACAACUACCCCAAGAGUUUUGCUGGAGGGAUGCCAUCAAUGGACAUGAGUUCAGAGAAAUUGCUGAAUUUAGGAUGGAAAUACAGAUCAUUAGAGGAGUCACUUGUUGAUGCUGUCAAGAACUACGAAGAGAGAGGCGAUUUGGCUAAAAACUAAUAGCUUGCGAGUUGUUUUGAAACUGAAGAUUACUUGGUUUAUUUCUUGAGUGCUCAACCUCGUUGUAAGAAUUCAUGUGUUCUUGAGAUUGUGGACUUGUAUUUUCAUAAGUACCUGAAAAAACCUUUAAUUUUAUCCUUUAUAAAUAAAAAAUCAUUUCGAAAAACAA